AUGGUUAUGUGCACUGGUGUGGAGAGAGAAGUACAGACGCCGGAGUAUGAAAGGGGCAAGACGUCGCUUAUCUUGGUGGGUGUUGCGAGGUUGUCGAUGCGCCUUUGGGUGUUUCCUCGUGACUGGGCCUACUCCUGCUCUUACGUCCAAGCCAUCCACGUCUUCUACUACCAUUGCCACCACAGCACCUCUACACCCCAACUCGCUAUCCCAGUCACCAUCACCACACGCGUGUCAAUUCCCGAUCAACGCUUCACAAGCGGCAAUUGGUCAACUAUCCUACAAACCCUCGAGGCAGGGGGACCAGAGCGCCCCCCAGGAGUGAUCAUUGUGGGAUGGAGCGUCUUGGGGUUAUGGAGUGGCGGUGCAGCCGGGAUGAGGGAGAGGGUGAUGAAGGGGCAGAGGGCCAAAAGUGGCAACGUGGGGAGGGGUGGAGGGUGA